UGAUAUUGUGCUUUUAAGGGUAACAAACUACAUACCAGCUGUAUUCUGAGCUGUAAAAUAUUUCAGUACCAAAAUGCAUGCAUACAUGCCUAGUUCUUAUCUAUCAUUAGACUGAAUGCAAGACCGGAAAGAUUAACAGGAACAUUAUCUUUUCAUCACUCUGUUACUCAUACUGCAAGAAGAACAAAGACUUCAGUAACUCCACCCCCAUUUACAGUAUAUUUAUACAGUGUUUUGCCAUGAGAAAUCAGUGUCAUCUUCAUCAUGACCAUCAUCAUCUCUCUGCUCCUGCUGGCCUCUCUGCUGCCACACCUGACCUUCACUGCUCGUGUGAAUGUGGGUAUAGUGAACGGCACAGAAGCCAAACCUCACUCCAGACCUUACAUGGUUUCUCUUCAGAAGAACAGGAAUCAUAUCUGUGGUGGAUUCCUCAUUUCUGAUCAGUUUGUCUUGACUGCCGCACAUUGCUGGAACGGAAAAGAGGUACUGACGGUUGUGGUUGGUGCUCAUGACUUAAGCAAGAGUUCAGAUCGCAUCGAUGUGCUGUCCUACGAACCGCAUCCAGACUACUUAUUCAAUCCUUGUCGGAAUGACAUCAUGCUUUUGAAGCUACAGGAAAAAGUCGAACAAAACAAUGUUAAAUGGAUACCCUUACCAAAGAAAGGAGAAGACGUGGGAACAGAUACUGUCUGUAGUGUUGCCGGCUGGGGAGGACAGACGAUUAAUGGCCUACCGACUAAUCGUCUAAUGGAGGCAAAUGUGUCUAUAAUGAACAACACAGAAUGUAGCAAUAAAUGGGGAAGGUACUACUACAAAGAAUCACAGAUGAUGUGCACAUAUGGCCCUGGUGGAUCCUGCCGUUAUGAUUCAGGAGGUCCUUUGGUUUGCAGAUGGGAGUUUUACUUACUCAAACAUGUUCUCAGGGCAGAAAGGAAAAUGAUUGGUUUACAGAUUCAACCAAUGAAAUUGAAGCAGAGGCGGGAUCAAGUUUUUUUUUUUUUUUUAUUUGGCGGGAUUCUAGAUACGUUAUCGACUGUUGAUAGAUCGCGGGUUUUGUAGAGCUUAUUCCUCUGCUUUCAAGGAGCAUUUCUUUCUGAGAUAAAUGAAUGGUAAGUAUGCUUUUUUGUAAUGUGCAUUAGCUAGGCUACCUGUAUACAAUGUAUUUUAAUAAACAAUAAAGGGAAAAGGGUGUAGUCUAAGACUACAAGAGUACUUUAUAGGCCUGUAUUUUCUGUAGAAAAUGUUAUUCUGUGAUCUUUGCACAUUAUUUCAACACUAAAAUAUAGAAUAUUAAAACAAUAGCUUAAAAACAUUUAAAUAAGGGGAAAAUAAUCAUUUAUGCAGUCUUA